CGCCCUGGGCCGAGACCACCUGGAUCUACCACGACGGCGAGGACACCAAGAUGAUCGUGGGCGAGGAGAAGAAGUUCCUGCUGCCCUUCUGGCUGCAGGUCAUCUUCAUCUCGCUGCUGCUCUGCCUGUCCGGCAUGUUCAGCGGCCUCAACCUGGGCCUCAUGGCGCUGGACCCCAUGGAGCUGCGCAUCGUGCAGAACUGCGGCACCGAGAAGGAGCGCAACUACGCCAAGCGCAUCGAGCCCGUGCGCCGCCAGGGCAACUACCUGCUGUGCUCGCUGCUGCUGGGCAACGUGCUGGUCAACACCACGCUCACCAUCCUGCUGGACGACAUCGCGGGCUCCGGCCUGGUGGCCGUGGUGGUCUCCACCAUCGGCAUCGUCAUCUUCGGCGAGAUCGUGCCGCAGGCCAUCUGCUCGCGCCACGGCCUGGCCGUGGGCGCCAACACCAUCUUCCUCACCAAGUUCUUCAUGCUGAUGACCUUCCCCGCCUCCUACCCGGUCAGCAAGCUGCUGGACUGCGUGCUGGGCCAGGAGAUCGGCACCGUCUACAACCGCGAGAAGCUGCUGGAGAUGCUGCGCGUCACCGACCCCUACAACGACCUGGUCAAGGAGGAGCUCAACAUCAUCCAGGGCGCGCUGGAGCUGCGCACCAAGACGGUGGAGGACGUGAUGACGCCGCUGCGCGACUGCUUCAUGAUCGCCGGCGAGGCGGCGCUGGACUUCGGCACCAUGUCCGAGAUCAUGGAGAGCGGCUACACGCGCAUCCCGGUGUUCGAGGGCGAGCGCGCCAACAUCGUGGACCUGCUCUUCGUCAAGGACCUGGCCUUCGUGGACCCCGACGACUGCACGCCGCUCAAGACCAUCACGCGCUUCUACAACCACCCGCUGCACUUCGUCUUCAACGACACCAAGCUGGACGCCAUGCUGGAGGAGUUCAAGAAAGGUAAAUCCCACCUGGCCAUCGUGCAGCGGGUGAACAAUGAGGGCGAAGGGGACCCGUUCUACGAGGUCCUGGGGAUCGUCACCUUGGAGGACGUGAUCGAGGAGAUCAUCAAGUCUGAGAUUCUGGACGAAACAGAUCUGUACACUGACAACAGAACGAAGAAGAAGGUGGCGCACCGCGAGCGGAAGCAGGACUUCUCGGCCUUCAAGCCCACGGACAGCGAGGCGAAGGUGAAGAUCUCGCCGCAGCUGCUGCUGGCCACGCACCGCUUCCUGGCCACAGAAGUGGAAGCGUUUAGCCCGCCCCAGAUGUCCGAGAAGAUCCUGCUGCGGCUGCUGAAGCACCCCCACGUCGUCCAGGAGCUGAAGCUCGACGAGAAGGACAGGCGGGCGCCCGAGUCCUACCUCUACCAGCACGGCAAGCCCGUGGACCACUUCAUCCUCAUCCUGCAGGGGAAGGUGGAGGUGGAAGCUGGGAAGGAAGGCAUGAAGUUCGAGGCGAGCGCCUUCUCCUACUACGGCGUGAUGGCCCUCACGGCCUCUCCAGCCCCCCUGUCCCUGUCUCGCACCUUUGUUGUCAGCAGGACAGAGUUGCUGGCAGGCGAAAGCAAGUCCCCUCCUCGCCCCUGCGGCUUGAACCACUCGGACUCCCUCAGCCGCAGUGACCGCGUGGACGCAGUGACGCCGCCGCUGGGGAGUGGAAACAACCAGCUCAACUCCUUCCUGCACGUCUACGUUCCGGACUAUUCUGUGCGCGCCCUUUCCGAUCUGCAGUUUGUCAAGAUCUCGCGACAGCAGUACCAAAAUGCUGUGAUGGCCUCCCGGAUGGACAGAACACCACAGUCUUCGGACAGCGAAAACACUAAGCUCGAACUGACUCUCACGGAGCUGCACGACGGGUUGCCGGACGAGACGGCCAACCUGCUCAACGAGCAGAACUGCGUGGCGCACGGCAAGGCCAACCACAGGAGCCACCUGCCCCCCUCCCCGUCCCGGAGCUGA